AUGUCCUGCUACGACCUCUGUGCCCCCACGUCCUGCGGCCCCACCCCGCUGGCCAACAGCUGCAACGAGCCCUGUGUCCGGCAGUGCCAGGACUCCACCGUGGUCAUCCAGCCCUCGCCCGUGGUGGUCACCCUGCCCGGGCCCAUCCUCAGCUCCUUCCCCCAGAACACCACCGUGGGAUCCUCGGCGUCCGCGGCCGUGGGGAACGCUCUGAGUGCCGGGGGUGUCCCCAUUAACUCGGGGAGUUCCUCCUUGGGGCUUGGGGGUUUUGGCUUCUCCGGGCUGGGCAGUGGCUACAGCCGGCCCUACCGGCGCUACAACCCGUCCCGCAGCGGCUUCUACGGGCCCUGCUGA